GAUCACUCGUGAAAAUCUUGGGUGUCGGCCAAGGAAAUAUCGGAGGCCGAAAACCACCAUGCAUUUUCAGCUACAGGUCACAGCUCAGGUGCUACUCCUCAGUGUCUCAACAGUGUUGGGGUUUUCCAAAGGUCCUCCUUUGAGUACCUGCCAGUCUAAGCUCCCUCACCACAGUGGCGCCGAGGCACAACAAGGACCGUCUCCGUAUAACAUCUCUGUGUCCCCGCUUUCGUACAUCCGUGGAGACACCCUGACGGUGACCAUCUCAGGAUCACAGCAAUUUAAGGGAUUCCUAUUAAAUGCGCAGGGGACUGAAAGCUCGAUUCCGUGGCCAGUGGGAACUUUCACUCAAAUUCCAAGUGAUGCGCGUUAUUAUUACUGUUCUGGAGGCGAUCCAAAGAUUGACAAGAACGGAUGUGGAGAGACCAAAGGGUGUUACUCCUUACCAUCAGGCUGCAUCGGAAGUGCAGAUUGUUCCUAUCUUUUCACUUUCAGUGUUUCUGAUGGAAAUGUCGUUAUAGAAAUGAGUGCCAAAGUGGGCUGGGUGGCUGUUGCUUUUAAUGAAAAAAAGCUCAUGGAUAAGAUGGAUUCCAUAAUGUGCGCUACCAUGGCAACCAAUUUAGGGGAAUUGCGUCAUUUCUAUUCUAUUGGUCACAGCCUUGUCCGACAAGACCUGACUGGCAACUCGGACAUCACCUUGGACAAGAUAGUUUAUGAGGAUGGCGGGAUAAAGUGCAGGGUGACUCGAAAACUUACCUCGAAUGCAGUCCCCUUUAGAGAUCUUACAAAAAAAUGGUAUCUCCUCUUCACCUGGAGUAAAACAAGUUCGUCUGGCGUUGCACAGUAUCACUAUAGCCAGAAAUCGGUCACAGCUGACAUGGUGGAUCUUGGUGUCAAUGCAGUUCUUAAAGAUGAAAAAAGUCAGGCUGAAGCUACGAUAACCAAAGAUGGAUGCGGGAAGACAAAAAGCUGCUAUUCCGAGCCUGCAGACUGUAAGUCCAGCAAAGACUGUGAUUAUCUUGUGACCAUAAAGCCCGUGGGGGACAAGGGCGAGUCAGGCCAAGUGGAAUUUGAGCUUAGCGCCAAGAAAAAAUGGGUGGCCAUUGGUUUUAACAAUGAAAAAAACAAGAUGGAUGGCACCGACGCCUUAAUUUGCGCUGUAGUCAAUGACAAAGUCACUGUGGAACACUAUUUGGCUGACAAAGGGUACGGUAGACCUACUAAGACCACCCCUACUCCCACUUCUAUAGUUGCAACUUUAGCUGAAUCAAAAGGUGGAGUUGUUGCCUGUCGUUUUAGGAGGAAGAAGAAAGACGACAAGAUGGUGGAUCUUACUAAGACAUGGUAUCUUGUGUAUGCAUGCGGCCCCAUGAGUGGAGACGAAAUAGACAUGCACUCCACUACUCCAAAAACAAGCCCUCAGAAAAUGGACGUCAGUGAAAUUGGAGAGCUUGGCGCAGAAGGGGAAAGCUUUGCAUUGGUACAGGCUCAUGGUUGUUUAAUGGUUAUUGCGUGGAUCGGUUUUGCGUCCAUUGGAAUGUUCAUUGCUCGUCACAUGAAGGUGUUGUUUGGCCAGAAGGUUCUGCUUGGCACAAAAAUGUGGUUUACGUUUCACCGAUUGUUGAUGGUUCUGACAGUCUUGUUUACAAUCCUUGGAAUUAUCUUCAUCUUUGUUCAUGCUGGUCGCUGGACUAAGGAAGCUGGUGCUCAUCCAAUCACUGGUAUACUUGUACUGGUACUCGCUGUUAUUCAACCAAUUAUGGCAGCAUUCAGACCCCACCCCGGAGAGGAAAAACGCUACAUCUUCAACUGGGCCCACCGUGGUGUCGGGCUGUCCGCACUGAUCCUGGCUGUGGUGACCGUGUUCUUUGGUCUUCGCCUUCCUGACUCAAGGCUGGGUGACCCCGCCCUCUACUUCAUGAUUGCCUACUGUGUGGCUUUGAUUCUAGUGGUUGCUUACGAUAUUUACGAUACUUUGACGUCGGCACGCGGUGGAGCAUCUUUCAACGUUCAACCAGUAGGAGGGAAAGAAGAUGGAGAUAUUGAAUUGCAGCCCCCUGAUAUUCCGUCAGUGGGUCAACGCAAACUUCUGUUCGCCUUUACGGUUGUAGUUUCAGUGGGUGUUGUGAUCGCACUUUUGGUUUUAAUUGCGAUCGCUGACGGAGAAUCUCACGAACAUAAUCACAACAGCUAAAUCAACAGUGAAGGAGUCGAUAACAUAACUCCCCAAGGCGGAAGGUGUACUUAUCAUGGCGGACGGCAUACGCUAUUGAAGUGAUACCAAAGGAAUCUUCCUAGAAUUAGUUAAUAGUUAAAACUUAUCGUUUAGCCCUUAUGUCUUUUCAGUCGGUUAGAGUACAUUAGCAUACUGUCUCAGUUAUUUUCUACAAACAUCACUUGUUGUUGUUAUUUUUUUUUCAGUGAAAAUAUCUGUUAACUGAUGAGGGCAUACUUUCACUAAAAAUUGUAUAGUAAUAAAAAGUGUUUGGCAGCUGUUCCCUCUAGGCAAUAGUAAGCUUAGAUUUGAUACAUCUAAAUGAUUCGAACAUAAGAAAAUAUUUAGCUUAGACACAAACAUGAUGAUUUAUCCGAAAUAAGACAAUUUUAGAUGAGAAAAAUUUCCUAUAAAAUUCUUGGCUCAAUUUAAAGCGCUGACUUUAAUGGUUUCUUUCGCUCGAGCUACAUUAUGUUUUUAGGAUCUAUAUAGAGACGUCUUUGGCUGACAUUAUUUUACUUAGGAAACUGGCCUUGAUAUGGAGAACAAAUUUUAAGUUUAUAUGUAACAAGUUGAAUACAUACUGUAAUGAUCAAAAGAAAAUACAUUUGAUAUAAAAGAGUUUCGACUCUUAAGAAGA